CCAGAAAAUAGACUUGGUAAUGUUCUAUGAAGUUGCAAAGAACACUGAUCCACAGGUGGUUGUCUUAGCAGAGGAGACGAAAGAACACUCAAACACUAUGCCAAUUCACAUUCUCAAUGAAUGAUGGACAACCAACCUCAGUUAGGAAAUUUAGAUGAAGAUGGAUAUACUCAAUUAGACUUCAGCUCCCGAAACAUCACCAGACCUGUGCUCUCCAAGAAAGGAUUUUAUGCUAUAUCUCUUCGUUGGCGUGUCAUUAUUGCUGUGACUUUGGGAGUCCUAUGUGUGGUGAUACUGGUGACGGCUGCGGUCCUGAGUACCAUGGCAUCAAGUAGCUGCCCCCCUAGCUGGAUCACACAUGAGAACAGUUGUUACCUACUCAGCACACCUUUAACAUCCUGGAACAAAAGCAGAAACCACUGCUUAAAAUUGGGCUCUCAUCUCCUGAAGAUAGACAGCUCUGGAGAAUUGAAAUUUAUAGAAGAGCAAGUGUCUUCCCAACCUUAUCAUUCAUUUUGGAUAGGACUUUCUCGUCAUCAAGACAAUGGACCGUGGCUGUGGGAGGAUGGUUCAGAAGUCUCCCCUAACUUGUUUCAAGUCACAAGCACAGAGACUCAAGAAAAAAUAGCUCACAAUUGUGUAUGGAUUCAUGAAUCAAUCUUUUAUGACCAACUCUGCAAUGUGUCCUCACUCAGUAUUUGUGAAAAGCGACUAUCAAAAUAAUGGUGUGUGUGGAGGAGGCUGGCCUGAGGAACAGAGAAGUAUGUAGGAAAGUGAGGUUAGAAAACAAAACAAAAAAGCGACACAUUAGAGUUCAAGAUAAGUGCUUAAAAUACCAAGAAAACUCAGUCAACUUUAAUCUUCACGGAGCGACAAGAUACAAAGGUUGUGAUUUCUGCAUCCAAACUACUGGUUGAUCAGGAGUAUGUUCUAGUUAAUAGAAUCCUGAACAUGGAACCAGGGGGCUGGGCUUGAAUUUCCAUUCUACCCUUAAGUAAAUGCCCAUAAGUUGCUGUCUGAUAUUAACCACAAAUCCUUGGUAUUUAGCAGGUCUUAAUUUUUAGUUAUUUUUUGUCUUGUCACUGGGAUGUAGUUCCUCUGUUUCCAGCAGUAAAUUAGACACAGGAAAAAGGUGAAAUACAUGUCUAAAAGGCUGAAUGAAGAAAUGAAAAAACCUUCGUGAAAUCAUAGUUAUUUUAUUUGCUUUAUCAACAAGAACACGAUUGUGUUCAAAACCUCAUUAAAAAGUGGCAAUUCGGCCCUCCCUGGUGGUGCAGUGGGUUAAAGCACAGCACUAAGAAGCUAAAGCCGCUU